AUGGUUGGCGAGAUCUGCAAGUCACACGGCCCUGAAGACCACGGGGAUAACCAGAGCACACGUAGGAGAAAGCAUGUGGUAGGGAACCUCUGUGAAAGUGAUGAAGACCGUCAGUGUGGACAGACCUUCAGCCGGAUUCCAGAUCUUUCUGUGCUCAAGAGAACGCCUGUGGAAGCAUAUCCUUCUGGAUGCCUUGAGUGUGGAAAACCCAUGAUGGAUCACUCAUCACAUAACCAUCAUAUCACAUCUCCCUCUGGACGUGAUGCCCAUCAGUGUAAGGGAUGUGGAGAAGCCCGCAGUUGUCUCUCUUACCUCUGCGCUCCUGCGAAGACUCGCAGUGCCCAGAAACCCUAUGAGUGUAGGGAGUGUGGGAAAGCCUUCAGUUGGCCAUCACAGCUCACUUCACAUGUAAGAAGUCACAGUGGAGAGAGGCCUUUUGAAUGUAAGGAAUGUGGGAAAGCCUUUCGUCAUCCCUCACACCUGACUAAUCAUAAGAGAAUUCACAGUGGCGAGAGGCCUUAUGCAUGUAAGGAAUGUGGGAAAGGCUUUCGUUACUCCUCCCACCUCAUUGUACACUUGAGAACUCACAGUGGCGAGAGGCCUUAUGAAUGUAAGGAAUGUGGGAAAGCCUUUAAUCAGUCCUCGGACCUCACUAGGCAUAUGAAAACCCACAGUGGAGAGAGGGCUUAUGAAUGUAAGGAUUGCGGCAAAGCCUUUGCUCAUUUCUCAAACCUCAUUAUCCACAUGAAAAUUCACAGCACAGAAAGGCUCUAUGUGUGUAAGGAAUGUGGCAAAGUCUUUAGUCAGUCCUCACACCUCACGAAUCAUAUGAGAACUCACAGUGGAGAGAAGUCCUAUGAAUGUAAGGAGUGUGGCAAAGCCUUUCGGGACUCCUCACACCUCCUUAUACAUUUGAGAAUUCACAGUGGAGAGAGGCCUUACGAGUGUAAGGAGUGUGGCAAAGCCUUCAGUUGCCCAUCACAGCUCACGUCACAUUUAAGAAGUCACAGUGGAGAGAGGCCUUAUGAGUGUAAGGAGUGUGGCAAAGCCUUUCACCAUUCCUCACAUCUCUCUAAACAUAUGAGAAUUCACAGUGGAGAGAGACCUUAUGAAUGUAAGGAAUGUGGCAAAGCCUUUAUUCAGUCCUCAUGCCUCACUAGACACAUGAUAACUCACAGUGGCGAGAGAUCUUAUGAAUGUAAAGCCUGUGGCAAAGCCUUUCGUCAUCCCUCCCACCUCAGUAUACAUAUGAAAAUCCACACAGCAGAGAGGCCUUGCAGUAAGGACUGUGGUCAACUGUUCCCUCAUUCCUGACACAUCACUAGUCAUGUGAAAACUCACACUAGAGAGAGGUCUUAA